AUGUCCGACCAACUAGAAUCCUUCGCGCAAAUCUACGCAUACCCACCCUUCUCUACCCGCGCACGCACCGAGAAGCUAUGUCGAUCCGUCAUGUCCGACCCGGAGCUCUAUGCUCGCAUCGCGCGAUCCAUGCGUGUCAUCCUUCCUCGCCAACUACUCGCCCCCGAUGAACAAGAUGACGAGCAAAGGCGAAUCAUACGCGAUAGCCUUCGGUACCGUAUCCCCGUGUACUUCGGGCGGAUAUGCUCGCAAUCGUUCAACGAUGAUGUACUUCUGCGUGUAUGCGGGUACACUGCCGCGGAAGGCCACACCAAAAUCCUUCCAAAAUGUCGAUACGUCGUAUGCGGGCGCGUCCUCGCCACCAGUCCCUGUGUAGAUACCCCAAAACCCGCCUACGUCGCGCACGCAUGGGGCAUCAAUUUCGAGACUUCGGGGACGUGGGAUUACAGUCAUUAUAUGGACUCCGAGGGCCGGAUUCUGCGCGAUACGUUUGAAACGACGCAAAGAGAUAUGUGCAGGAUGAUUGUCCGCGCUGGUGAGCAUGCACUGCAUGAUGCUGGUGCGGGCUACGUGGAUCUGUUGGUGCCAAUGAUUGGCAUGGGCGUGUUCAUGCAGGCAUGUCGGAGUAGCGACGAUCGCAGUUGGGCGUUGAAUACGCUGGUGCAGCAGCUCCACUCCGCCGUACACGAAUCCACGGCAGAAGUGCGGGUAAUAUUCUACGGCGACACCCGCAUCAAACCUCUCCCCACAUCCCCCAAAUUCACAGUCAAACUCGGUGGGGAUAUGUUUGCCGACGCCGGCGAGUUGCUAGCGACAUCCGCAUGCGUUUGUGUCGUCAACGCAUGGGACCCCGUGAGUUUCAUCGGCAACGGGAUGGCGCAUGACCGGAGUAUCGACGGAAUGAUUGGCAGCGGGAUGGGUUAUGGGGCGGGGUUUGCCAAUUCGUGUUUUACGCAUAACACGUACCUUAUGCCGGCGGUGUUGGACAGGGAAAACUGGAUUGGGAUGGAGAGCGAGGCUGCGGGUAUGGAGAACGACAACGCAUACCUCGCACCCGCCGACCAUUCACACCUACCCGCUCACUGGCGCGUCGGUGGCGUGUCCGGCUGCAUCGUCAAAUCCCCGGAUCCCUACACCUGGACCCUGCGCGACUCGCAUUACCUCCUAGACCAACAAGGCCACGCAUGGGACGUUUAUUCAACUGACAGACAACACAUCGACUACGUCGUAUCAUGGCAUCGAUUCAACGGCGGCGCAAAUCAACGGUUCGAAAUUGAACAGGGCGGCGUGACCCAUCGGGGUCUUUAUGCCUAUAUCGACGCCGAAAACACUCUCAGGCUCACACCAACCGCAUCCCAAUCCGUCGCUCUGCGAUUCCUCCCCGCUCCUACAGGGCCCACGCCGGCAUUCUGGACACAGCUUCCAGCACAGCUGCCAUACCCGUUAUUCUAUCUCUCUGAGCAGCAAGCGCCCGUCCUUGCGAAUCACCCCGAUCUGGAAGCAUACACCCCUUACCUCCCCUGCUGGGUCCCACAGGCGCUGAUCAGCACCGCCCUCUUCGGGUCCGCCGAAACAGUCGCCCAGACACAGAGGGCUAGGGGGACGGCCUGGGUGUGGGCCACCGAAUUCAGUAACGUGCAUUCCACCUUCGAAUUUACCGAACCGCCCAUCACGGUGGACGGCGAAACAUACCCCGGCGGCCCUGAAGUGUAUUUCCAAUUGAUGAAGUACCACGGCACCCCGGCGUUCGAUCUCGCGCGGCAGGCACUUACACCCGACGCUAACGGGUAUGUCAACCCGUCUGACGCGUUUGCGGUCGGGCUGAGGUGGGCGUUGCGGGAUGAUUGGACGGACGUACGGGAGGGUGUGAUGGAGAAGGCGGUUCGGGCGAAGUUUGAACGGGAGGAAUUGAGGGAGUUGUUGAAAUCGACGGGGACGCAUCCGCUCGUGCAACUGAAACCGGGCGAUGGGUAUUGGGGGACGGGUGGGGAUGGACGUGGGGGGAAUGUGCUUGGGGUUAUUUUGGAGAGGGGGUUGGUCAACAUCUUCAUCCUACUUUGGAUCGACCAGGGGUGGACAUAG